CCUCUCUUCUUCUUUUUUCCCCCAAAUUUCAUCUCACAAUGGCUAACUAUAGAAUGGAUUCAGAAGAGGAAGCUUUGUUUCGAAAUUCUCCAUAUCCACUUUACUUCGUUCAAAGUCCAUCAACUCUCUCACAUGCAAAUAGCGGAGAAUUAUCUCGUCAUAACAACAUCAACACCAACACCAAUAAUAAUAAUAUUAACGAAUAUUCCUCCGGAUGUCAUGAUUCGCCGUUGCCUAGAUCGGAAACCGGUCCGUUAGCUCUCUCUCGAUACUCCUCGUCCCGUGGAUCUAACCACUCCUUUUCGCAUCACGAGAAGAAGAUUUCAUGUGACUCUCUUCAGAGCCACGGGACGGGGAUCGAUGAGAAGCGUUGUGGUGCAAUUUUGUUGGUUAAUCAUGGGAAAAAUGGUAGUAGUGUUCGUGUUAACGAUGACGAUGAUGAGGACGAUGACGAUAACGAUGAUUAUUAUGGGAAAGGAAAUUGGAUGAGGUUUUUUUCGUUGGGAUAUUCGGAUUCGACAUCGUGGAUUGUUGUGCAAGUAACAUGGAGGCUUAUUGUGAGUAUGAUAGUAGCUUUGGUUGUUUUCUACAUUGCCACAAAGCCUCCUUCACCUAAGGUUUCUAUUGAGAUUGCAGGUGUUCGUGAAUUUGGAUUAAGAGAAGGAGUAGAUGGAACUGGUGUGAACACAAAAAUGCUAACAUGCAAUAGUUCAAUGAUCUUACAAAUUGAUAAUAAAUCUAAGCUCUUUGGGCUUUAUAUUAAUCCCCCUACCAUGGAAAUGUAUUUUGGAAGGGUCCCUUUCAUAUUAGCACAAGGAGAAGAGCUUUAUGCAGGGAGCUAUGGGCCAACAUACUUCAAGCUAAAUGUAGGGACAAAGGACAAGGCAUUGUAUGGGGCAGGAAGAGUUAUGCAAGAUAUGCUUCAAUCUGGCAAAGGAUUGCCUUUGCUUAUACGCGUGCAUCUAUCUUCAACUUUUCAUGUUGUUUGGGGUCUCAUCAAACCCAAAUUUCAUCACCAAAUUGAGUGCCUUGUUGUUCUUCAUAAUACUUAUAAUAAAAAUCAUAGGACCCAAAAGUAUAAUAGCACUUGUUUGUUGAUCCCUUCUUAAAAACAUUAUCACUUUUUUAAUUGCAAAAAAUGUU